GAAUGGACUUCCAGCAUGCUCAUGGACUACAAGAGCUAGAAUUUAUCCAUGGACAAAGUGAUACAGAAGCUGCAAGACUGUGUGUGAAUCAGUGGCUUAAAAUGCCAGGUCUCAAGCCAGGUACUGUAAACUCAGGAAGAAUGUUACCUCGGAAAUCAGCCCAAACACCAUCUGGCAGUAAAUCCAUUUUAUGCCCCAUUAUGCAUUGCAACAAGAAGUUUGAUGAUGGAUAUCUUCUUCUAGGCCACCUUAAAAGGUUUGAUCACUCUCCAUGCAACCCAGCAGUGACACUACAUGGACCUCCAUCUAGUUCUUUUGCCUGUAUAGUCUGUAACAGAAGAUUUCCUACUUCUCAACAAUAUAGUGAGCACUGUUUAUCUAAGGCAAAUGAAAAUGAUGGCCAUGAAAGAAAUUAUCCUCCUCAGCAUAUUCAAUUUUUUGCAUGUCCAUGCUGUUUCCUUCUUUUUAGCCUAAGAAAUGAGUGCCUGGAACAUAUGUCUGGGAAGAAUCAUUUUUCUCACUCUUUUAAAAAGAAUGAUAAGACAGGGACCGCACUUCCUUUGCCUUUCCCAGCCUAUGCAAAAAAUCUUCUAAUCUCCUUGUGCAGUGAAGUUCCAUUCCAAGUAAAAUGUACAUCCUGCCGUCAGGAUUUACAUUCCCAUGUGGAGCUAACAGCACAUUUCAGAACUCGUUGUCGUAAUGCUGGUCCAGUAGCUGUGUCAGAGAAGAAUAUCUCCCAGGUUGCUGAAAUAUUUAAAGUGAAAGGUUUUUGUCACAGCUGCAAUGAGCUGUUGGUUGAUGACAACCAUGUCCGUCGGCAUACUUGUAAAACCUUACACGAGGUUAAAAUUCUCACCACAGUGGAACAAUCAAUCUUGAUGUUUUGCCAUGCCAAUAAAAAUGUCUCUUACAUUAAGAAACACAGAAGCCUUGUAAAGUCUUCUCUUCUGAAGAGAUCUUUGAAUGAGGAUGAUCAGAGUGAAACCAUUUCUAAACAAAAAAGGUUUUUGGAAGACAAUGGCGAAGAGACUUCUAGUGACCGCACUGUGAAAACCUGGAUGUGUGAAUGCCAUCUGACAUUUCCUUCUGAAGAGUUAGUAGAGAAACAUAUUUUUUCUUCAAACAGAAUAUGCCACAAGUGUGCUGUGUGCGGGAAGCUUGCAGAAAAUCCAAGCAUUAUCCGUUUGCACAUGAGCAGGUUCCAUGGAGGAGCACACCUGGCUGAUUUCCUCUGCUGGUGUCAGUCCUGCAGUGUAGACCUUCAGAAAGGGUAUGAUAUAAUGGCGCACAUUACUGAAUUUCACAGUGGACACAGCUACUUUUGUGAGAAAUACGUUGGUGAGGAUGAGCUUUCUCUGUCUACUGACAGAGUUAAAGAUACAGUCUGCGAUAAAUCACUUGAGAUACAAGACCAAUCUUUGACCCCUGUAGAGCUGUGUCCACCUGAAAAUCCAGUGGACUUGUCUGAGGAAGCUUCUCCCCAAGGAGAAUGGCAGUGCCGCUUAUGUGAGGAAAUCUUUGACUCGGAAGAUACUGUGAAACAGCAUUGCAUGUCACUGGAGAGCCAUCAUAUUCAUAGAUACAGCUGUGGCAUGUGUAAAGAUACAUUUCGGAAAAUAGAAACACUUCGCCGACACUGCCGUGAUAGGCAUAACAAUGUGAUACAGAUUAAAUAUUUCUGUGGCUUUUGUGGUGACCUGUUUUUUGAUGCUGAGGAGGAGCUUUUAAUUCACUUCAGGGAUUUCCAUAGCACAGAUUACAUAUGUGUGUCUGCUGCAGCAGCAGAAACAUCAAUCAAGAUCUUUGAGACAAUAGAAGAAAGCAGCCUUCUAAACUGUGGCUGUAGAGAAAAAUACAUCUCCAAAGAGAAUAGGAAAGCCGAUUACAAGAAGUGCCAAGAAGCCAUGCUGGCAAAAGGUUUCCUGUGGUUUCGCUGCACUUCAUGCUCUGCAACAGCACAAAGCCAUUCUGAUAUGAUUAUUCAUCUUGCAGGCCACACAGGCGAUAAAGUUGGCAAAGAAUUGUAUGUUGUGAGGUGUGGAGCAUGCAACAGAAGUUUUAGUGAGCCUGCAGUUGCCCAUCAGCACUAUCAUUGCAAACACUGUGUCUCACAAAAGCCCAAGUCAGGCCCACCAGCAAAAAGUGAAGUCUUCCAGUUCUCUGCUAGUGGGUCUUUUGUAGACGAGAAACCUGACAAACUGAAGCUUUCAGCUGCUGUGACUGCACCAAGUUCAAAAUCUAUUUCUCCAAGGAAGCCGGGAGCUAUAAAGAAAGAAGAUCUUGGCCACUACAACGAAGAUUUUCCUGAUCUAGAUUACUUGUGCACCAUGACACAUAUUAUAGUGAUGGAUUUAGAUAACUGGGGAAACCUCUUCCACCAACUGCCUGCUACUCUUAACCAAGGGACUUUUAUCUGGGGCUUUCAAGGUGAGCACAGCAAUUGGAAGCAACCCGUGAACUGCAAAAUAUUUAAUUAUCUUAAGAAGAUUGGAUGUUUCUUCCUUCAUCCACACUGUGGUACAAGGAGGGAAGCAGCUGACUUUGCAAUCUGUGUACAUGUGGGCCGCCUGGAUGAGUAUCUGCCGAAGCAUAUUCCUUUCACCAUUCUUUCUGGAGACAAAAGCUUUCUGGAGUUGGAGAACCAGCUUAAGAUGACUCAACGGGCAACUCACAUUCUAGACCCUCAUAAAAUUGAUGCUGAUAUAAUGUGUGCCUUCUUGAAUAGCAUUUCAGAUACAGCCAAAGAAAAUGAAGAGGAUUUUCCAGUGACUACACAACAGUGCUUGCAAGAGCCACCAAUUCAAGAAGGUAUGUCUUAAUUUCCAUAUGAGAAGUUUAUUAAU